AUGCAGGUGGUGACGGGCGCCAUGGGCAGCCUGCUCCCCAAGCUGGGGCAGCUGCUCAUGGAGGAGUACAACCUGCAGAAGAACGCCAAGAAAGGCGUCGAGUCUCUCGUGCGAGAGAUGAAGAGCAUGCACGCUGCGCUCUGCAAAGUGGCGGAGGUGCCGCGCCAUCAGCUCGACGAGCAAGUCAAGCUCUGGGCUGACGAGGUCAGGGAUCUUUCCUACGACAUAGAAGACAUCGUUGACAAGUUCAUCGUGCGUGUCGAGGGCCCUAGUAAACCUGCUGCUGAUGGCAACAAGCUCACAGACCUUGUGGAGAAGAUGGCCAACUUGUUUAACAAGGGCAAGGCGCGCCGCCAGAUCGCUAGCGCCAUCAAGGAAAUCAACAAGGAUGUCCAAGAGGUGGCCAACAGGCGCGGCAGGUACACAGUUGAUAAUAUUUUGCCUAAGCCUACGGCUGUGACCACUAUCGAUCCUCGUCUCCGCGCUCUAUACACUGAAGUUACAGAGCUUGUUGGCAUCUAUGGGAAGAGGGAUCAAGAGCUUCUCAAGUUAUUAGCUUUGGGAGAUGAAGAUCCCUCCAACAAGAGACCAAAAAUAGUCUCUGUCGUUGGAUUCGGCGGAUUGGGCAAGACCACUCUGGUCAGAGCAGUAUAUGACAAGAUCAAAGGUGGUUUUGAUUCACGGGCUUUUGUUCCAAUUGGUCAGAAUCCUGACAUGAAGAAGAUUUUCAGGGACAUCCUUAUUGGUCUAGACAAAAAUACGUAUACUAAUAUCAAUCUCAUGGUACUAGAUGAAAAACAACUUAUCGAAGAAAUCCGGGACUUCCUUCACGACAAGAGGUAUCUCAUCGUAAUUGAUGAUAUAUGGGAUGGAAAACUAUGGGGAGAUAUCAAGUUGGCUUUCUCUAAUAUGAACAAUUUGGCAGUCGCCUAA